GGCAUUCUGCCAAAUUCCUCCAAACCUAUCGCUGCUUUCUUUGUGUUUACAAACCCUAGCAGCUCUCAGAUUUACUUUCUUCUCAUGGUAUCAGAGCCUGGUUAAGGCAUCUGCAUACCUCUUCUUCCUUCUUUGAUCUUACCCUUUUUCCUUCUUACACUUCGCAUUCCGCCAUGGCUGAAGGAGAGGCUUCGGAUUCUGCUGAGAAGGAGGUUCCACCUCCUCCUCGUUACGAAGACCCCUAUUCCAACCCGUUCUACUUGGCACAAAGCGACAACUCCUUUCUACCAGUCAUCGGCUUCAAGUUGACUGAUGAUAAUUACCUUCUUUGGAGUGAGUCCAUGGAAGUUGCUCUGCGCACGAAGAACAAGCUGGGUUUUGUUCUCGGAACCAUUCAGGUACCUCCUUUGACAGAUCCGUCUUAUGGAACUUGGGAUCGUGUGAAUGGUACUGUUGUUUGCUGGAUUAGGAACUCUGUGUCUGAAGAUAUUGUUCCUAGUCUUCGAAAUAUUGGAAUUGCAUCAGAAGCUUGGACUUAUCUGAAAUCUAAGUUCAGCCAAGGAGAUUCCAUAAGAAUAGCUAAUUUGCAAGAGAAAAUUGACCUGGCUAAACAAGGAAAUCAAACUGUUCGACAGUAUUUCACCAAUUUAAAGUUGGCUUGGGAUGAAUUGAAAACCUAUCAACCUAUACCCUAUUGUGAUUGUGCUGCUGGUACUUAUGCUACUGUUAUGAGGUAUGAAGAAAGGGGAAGAGUGAUUCGUUUCUUGUUGGGUCUGAAUGAGAAAUACCAGCAAGUGAAAACUCAGAUGCUUAUGCUAGAUCCUCUCCCAGAUCUGGAUAGCAUCUAUCGUUCUGUUGUUCAGCUUGAAAGGCAACUUGAUGGUGCUAGUGCCAAUACUGGUAAAUCUGAAGAAGCCAUAGCACUAGCCACCGCUCUUGCAGCCUCCAGGACUCAAUACAAUCAACCAAAGGACAAAGGUCAAGCUGACCAUCAACCAGGAGGACUGUUUUGCAGAUAUUGCAAAAAGGAAGGCCAUGUCAAGGAGGACUGCUGGAAGCUUAAGAGAAAGAAUGGUCUACUUGGAAACAACCCAGGCAGAGGUAACAAUGCAGGCCGAGGGUUUGCUGGUUCUGUUGAUGUGAAUACACCAGAGGGCAAUCCUUCAGGAGGAGCUGGUAGCUACUCUCCUACCAGUCCCGUCAGUCAACAGGAACCACGUUCUCCAACCUUUGCUGGAUUUACAGUAGAUGAACUUACAAGACUCAAAGCUUUGCUUCAACCUGCUUCUAGUUCUCAUGGAUCCUCUCAGGCCAACGCUGUGAUCACUAGAUCACAACCUAUGUCAGGUAUACUAUCCCUAUCAACUUUGACACAUAGAAACAGUGAGUGUGUGUGGGUGUUAGACACAGGAGCAAGUGACCACAUCAUUUGCUCCAUUUCUUUGUUCCUGAGAUGUAAGAAGGUGCAUGAUGUCUCAGUUACCCUUCCAAAUAGUCAACAAGCAUCUGUCACACACUUAGGGGUAGUUAAACUGCCUUGUGGCAUAUUCCUCACCAAUGUCCUCUUAGUGCCCUCUUUUUCCUAUAAUCUGAUUUCAAUUAGUCAGCUUACCAAAAACAGCCCUGUCUCAUUGUUGUUUCAAUCCACUUUGUGCUCCAUUCAGGACCUUAUCUCUCGACAGAGGAUUGGUUUAAUCCCAGUAAGUAGAGGACUUUACCUUCUUGGAGAUUCCAGUGGCCCAGGAGAGACUUGCAACCCACAGAUUUUUGGAGUGAGCACCAGUUCAGAGAGUUCCAGUUUAUGGCACAAACGGCUAGGCCAUCUUUCUUUAGAUAGAUUGAGAAAAAUUAAACAAACUUGUACUGAAGUUGAGUUACCAAACAGUUUGGAUUGUGAAUUUUGCCACUUGUCUAGGCAAAAACGUUUACCAUUUCCCAGAAGCACUUCUUAUUCCAAAGAACCCUUUGAUCUAAUACAUUGUGAUAUUUGGGGGCCAGUUAAUGUUGUUUCUCAUGAUGGUUUCCAGUAUUUUCUUACUGUUGUUGAUGACCAUAGUCGCUGCACUUGGUUGUAUUUGAUGAGUCACAAGUCUGAAGUUAAGAGUUUACUUCAGUCUUUCUUUGCAAUGGUUGAGACUCAGUUUAGUAGGAGGAUAAAAGUACUGCGUUCAGAUCAAGGACAGGAGUUUAAGAUGGUUUCCUUUUAUCAGCAGAAGGGUUGCAUUCAUGAAAUGAGUUGUAUUCAUACUGCUCAGCAGAAUGGUAGGGUAGAAAGGAAGCACCAGCACAUUCUCAAUGUGGCUAGGGCUUUGAAAUUUCAGUCAGGCUUACCAGUCAGUUUCUGGAGUCAUUUUGUGAUGCAUGCCAUCUACCUUAUUAACAGAACUCCCACUCCUGUCCUGCACAACAAGUCACCUUUUGAGAUUUUGUUUAGUAUACCUCCUGAUUACAGCAAUCUUAGAGUGUUUGGCUGUCUUGCUUUUGCCACAAACACUGAGAGUCACAAACCAAAGUUUGCACCUCGAGCUGUCAAAGCAGUUUUUCUGGGAUACACUUUUGGUGUCAAGGGUUUUAAGUUGUAUGAUCUGGCCACUCAUUCAGUGUUUACCAGCAGGGAUGUUGAGUUCAAUGAAUCUGAAUUUCCUUUCUUGCCUUCUUCUGACAAUACAACUACACCUGCAGCCACUUCUUCCCCAAUAGAUCAUCUUCCUCCCUUCUUUUUUGAUGAUGAUCUCCCUCUUCCUCAGGAUCACAAUGUCCAUGAGACCUCUGAUCCUGAUUAUUUACACUCACCAUCACCUUCUCCUGUCCCCUCACCUCCUGCCUCCCCUAUACACACACCUCCUCCAGCACCCCCUCUUCCUUCUUCCCCUCCUACUCUCCCCAUUGCUCUUCGCAAAGCCCCUAGAGUAACCAGACCUCCCAAACACCUUGAUUCUUUCCACACUUCUUUUCUCACUGAAGCUAGUUCAUCUUCCUUUGAUGACAAACUCUUGUAUCCUCUUUCUCACAAUCUCUCUUACUCUCAUUUGUCUCCCUCCCACAGACAUUAUACUCUCUCCAUCUCUAUGUCCACAGAUCCUCAAACUUAUGCUCAAGCAGCUUUACAUCCCUGCUGGAAUCAAGCUAUGAAGGAGGAGGUUACUGCCUUGGAGGCUAAUGAAACUUGGGACAUUGUAGACAGACCACCUAAUGUUGUUCCUAUUGGGUGUAAAUGGGUCUAUAAGACUAAAUUCCUACCUGAUGGUGCCAUUGAACGUUUUAAAGCCAAGGUUGUUGCAAAGGGGUACACCCAAACUUAUGGAAUUGAUUUUGUUGAUACAUUCUCUCCGGUUGCCAAAAUCAAUUAUGUCAAGCUUCUUUUAGCUAUUGCAGCAGCCAAGAAUUGGCAUCUCCAUCAGAUGGAUGUGAGCAAUGCCUUCUUGAAUGGUGACUUAGAGGAGGAGAUUUAUAUGGAGCUUCCCCCUGGUUUGAGAGAGCUAAGUCACCUUCAAGGUAAGGUUUGUAGAUUGAAGAAAUCACUUUAUGGGCUUAAGCAAGCCAGUCGUCAAUGGUACCUUAAGCUUACUGAGUUCUUGACUAAACUUGGUUUCCAGCAAUCAUAUGAAGACUAUUCAGUCUUUAAGACCUCUACAGUUGUGUUAGUCAUCUAUGUUGAUGACAUCAUUGUGGCAGGACCAAAUUUGGAGGACAUUCAGUCUGUUAAGACACAAUUGCAGAAGGGUUUCAAGGUUAAGGACCUGGGGAAUUUAAAGUAUUUCUUAGGUUUGGAAAUUGCUAGAACUCAGGCUGGGAUUUCUUUAUGUCAACGAAAGUUUUGCUUAGAAAUGCUUGAGAAUGCAGACUUCUUGGAGUGUAAGCCAGCUAAAACUCCAAUCAGCAUGAAGGCUACAUUAUCUGCAGAAGAUGGAACAUUGCUUGAUGAUGGUUCAAAUUACAGACAUCUCUUGGGGCAAUUGCAGUAUUUAACAUCCACUAGACCUGACAUUUGCUUUCCAGUACAGCAGCUGAGUCAGUUUCAAGAUCGACCAACUACUGUGCACCUCAAAGCCUUACAUAGAAUCUUGAGAUACUUGAAGGGUUGUCCAGCACAGGGUCUAUGGUUUUCUUCUUCAUCCAGUUUACAACUAAGUGGCUACUGUGAUUCGGAUUGGGCAACUUGUCCAGAUUCGAGGAAGUCAAUUACUGGGUAUUGCACUUUCCUGGGGAGUUCUCUGAUCACGUGGAAAAGCAAGAAACAGAGCACGGUUUCACGCUCAUCCUCUAAAGCAGAGUACAGAGCAAUGGCGCAGCUAGCUUGUCAGGUACAGUGGUUAAAAGCUUUUCUGAAUUUCUUUGGAAUUCCACAUUCAACCCCAGUGAAAGUGUAUUGUGAUAACCAGUCAGCCAUUCAUAUUGCGGAAAAUCCCGUUUAUCAUGAGCGAACCAAGCACAUAAAGGUUGAUUGUCAUGUUGUCAGGGAAAGGUUGAAAUCAGGACUCCUAAAUCUAUUCCAUUUGAAUACCGAAAAUCAGUUGGCUGACCUAUUUACUAACACUAUGUUUGGCAACAAGGGGGGUGCAAGUUCGAGGGGGGUACAAGUUGAGGGGUAAAUUGUUGGGGGGUGCAACUUGGUGGAGGGUGUAAGUGGAGGGGUAAAUUGUUGUUUGGAUGAAAAAGUAGGGGGGUGCAAAUAGAGUAAAAAGUAAGUAAUUAUAUUAUUAUAAAAUAGAUUUAUCAAUUUAUAAAAUAUUAUCACAAACAUGAAAAUUCAAUAUAUAAUAAUAAAAAUAAUUUUAAUAAAAAUAAUUAUUAUAUAAUAAUGCUCAAAUAUAAUUAUUUAUAACAACAAUAAUAAUCAUUGGUCGAGCAACCUCGAAACUUGAAAUCCAACUCGUAACUGGUCAUCCUAAAGGGGUUCUCGUGCCUAACUUUAAAUUGAAUAUGGUCAAACUUAGUCAAACACGUUCGAAUCUGUAAGUUUUAACUACUUAUUAAAGUAAAUCGAGUUAACUAAACUGUUCCUCUCUAUCUUUUCAACAAAUGCUUCUUAUCUCUAAUUUUCAAUGCAAAUUCGGGUCAACUAAGAGAUAUCGAUUUGACGAGGCGAACAUUGACAAACUUGCUCUCUGAGUCAAACGGUCAACCCCAAACAACUUCUACACUAAUAUAGAUAUAAGAAAAAUUAAUAAUAUUAAUUAUUAUGUAAUUAUAGUCUAAUUAAAAAUUCAUAAUUCCCCUCCUCCCCCUUCCCCCUCCCUUCCUUCCUUCCCUUGCACCCCAAUUUGGGGGGUAAGCCGAAACAGUGAAUUUACGCUCACGUUUUGCACCCCCCUACUGUUACAAAAUAACCAAACGGGGGUAAACACCUUGGAACUUGUGUUUACCCCUCCAAACUUGCACCCCCUUCCAUUUACACCCCUUCCCAAACAUAGUGUAAGGGGCUGUCUGGUGAUCGGUUUAAGUUUCUGCUCUCCAAGCUGGGUGUACAUGAUUUGUACUCGCCAGCUUGAGGGGGUGUGUCAAGCAGAGUGUACAAGAGGAAGAACAGAGUCAUUCUACAGAGCUACACUCUGCUUAAGGAAGAAGACGAAGUGCACAGCAUUGGGCCUGAAGUUGUAUCGGGCUUCCUUUCACCCGAUCCAAAAGAGAGUAAGGCCAUAUAUAAAUAAGUGAAGACGACAGCGUUUGGUUCCUCUUCAGCGUCGUCCAAGUAGCCGCUCCAUACUUAGACACUUGUCAGUUUGUAAUUGGUUAGUUUAGUCUGUUAGUUACUAAUAGCUGUUGGAACAGUAAAUUAGGAAAUGUAAUUAACUGACUCUGUAUAUAUUCUGCUCCACUUGGAAUGAGAAGGCAUUCUGCCAAAUUCCUCCAAACCUAUCGCUGCUUUCUUUGUGUUUACAAACCCUAGCAGCUCUCAGAUUUACUUUCUUCUCAUUCGGCUGAGAGUUUGGGAAUACUAGGGUUCCAGUCCCGUUCUCGCUUCUCACUUUGGAACUCGAAGGGUUCCCUCUGACCGAGCGCAGCUUCUGCAGAGGAAAGCCAGGGAAAGCCAUGGCUCCUACAUCGUCAUUGUCCGGCGGCGGGACGGGGACAGUUGGGAUGGAAGGAGGUUAUCGUCAACGGGGAAUGGGGGAAAUAGUGUCGGUAAGCUUUCUAGGAUCGGAAUUUGUCGGUCGCUGAUUAGUAGUUCUAAUUCCAUCAGAUUGUGAUAGAAGGAAAUCUGCUCAAUAUAAUAGUAAAUGAAAAAAAUCAAUAUCAAAAUAGAAAAGGAAUUUUCAUGUAUUUGGAUUAGGAUUUUUUGUUGAAGAAAGAAAUGAAAUGAGGGAUGGAGUUUAAAACUGCGGUCAAAACUCAAAAGGGGAGACGAGGCCUUCUUGCAUAAAUGGGCCUUCAGUAUGUCUUUAAGUUAGAUGGGCCUUUCACCUUGCUCGAUGAUGAGUUGUGAGUGGGGACGGCGGCGAAGUAGAAGCGCCAGAUCUGCCCGAAGCGGCAAUGUCAACUAGCGUGGGUCAGCUAUCAAUGAGCUCCGACGACGGUUUACUUGUUUUGGCGAAGAGGAAGAAAAAGUGGGGAAAUGU